AUGGCCAUGGAGAUCUGCAGGCAGAUUGACAUUGCAACCCCUGCCCAGCGGCCCACCUGCCGCGGGCCACGGCCACCGUGGCAUUUUAGGGGCCACGGUCUGCGCAGAGCCGCGGACGUCAGCGCGGUGUGGGCCGUGCGAUGCUCCGCUGCGGGUGCGGCACUAUGCGGUGCUUUGCGGCAGCGGGAGAAGCGGCACACCCGUGUCUGCGGGUCCAGAGCAUCAGGGCGAGGGUCAGGCCCCAGGGUGGUCGAAGAUGGCACGCUGAUGGGCGAUCGGCCGAAGGUCCGCUACAUGUGGCAAGUCCCACAGGCUGCAUCGCCGGAGCUUGUGCUGGCUGGUCGUUCGAACGCAGGUAAAAGCACCCUUCUAAACGCGGUGUUGGGUGCAGCCGGAGCAAAAAAAGCAGCUCCGAUGUCCUCCAAAGGUGGUCGAACUCGCACACUGAACUGGUAUCCUAUAGGCUUCAAGAUUCCUUUGGGCUGGACCGGGGAUGGUGUCCGAGUUUCGCAGCAAAGUGACGACCAGACCCUGGAAGACGAACUCAGGGCAGCCGGCGAAGGCUGCUGUUUAGUUGACUGCUUUGGUCUUGGUGAGGUGGAAUAUUCGGAUCUGAAGGCAAAGCGUCUCCAAACUUGGGGACCCUUAUUGCAGAAGUUUCUGAGUGAACGCCGCGCCUUGAAGACACUCUGCCACCUCAUCAGCUCCGAGCAAGAAGGCCAGCUGUCACCGGGCGACCAGCAGCUUGUGGACAUCUUUCGGCGAAGUGAAGCAGACCGCUCUUCCAGGCGCCUUCCGCCACUUCGCUAUGUUGUAGUCUUAACCAAAACGGACUUGUACGAAUCUCCGCAGGUUGCACAGUUUCAGGAAAAGCUGAGGCAGGCCCUGUUGGAUCUUGGACAACCGCCCGCCGACAUCGUAUCCUGUACAUCGCUGAGCCGUAAGGGAAUCAAGGACUUCCAGACAGUUGUCAACGAAGCAGUCAGGCGAGGCUGGGAUCACUUGGACGAGUGGAAGAAUGAUGCGACGAAAGAACGCAGACUUCCUCAGGGCAGAAACAAAUACGAACGGCGAAAUGCCAAAGCGGCCUACACGUCCACGGCAAAGCAAUCUGCCAGACAGCCGUCUCGCGGUGGCAAAGGCACAGACUCCGGCACAGUAGUCCAGGCCAUCACAUGCUGUGUGGACUUGGACCGACGAGCAAUCACGUACAUGAAGAACGGACGAGAAAUCCCUGGUGAUGCCUUCAAUCUCAGCAAGGACUUGCAUGGAUGGGCCUUGUUUCCCCACGUGUACACAAAGGAGGCAACCUUCUCUGUGUCUUUUGAUGGACGUGGCGGUGCCCCACCACUUGUUGGCGGAUACCAGUGGCUCGCGCAAGCAGAGAAGGGCACUCUUUCGCCCAGCCCCAAGCAACCUCGAGCCGGAGAGGGCGAAGAGGAUCUGGAGGACGGGGCUGCGAGCACCUCUGGCGGCUUCGUGCUGACAGCAUACGGAUGGCGAAAUGCUGCGGAGGUGGGUGUGCCAAUGGUCUCUGGAGCAUAUGCGCCGCUUACUCAAUCUGCCGCGCAGACAGGGCUCAGCAUGAACUGCUGCCAAAUUCUGGCAGUGAUCCUGGCGAAUGCCCUUGCCCUUCCUCUUCAGAUCUUGGCCUUGCCAUUUCAACUGCUCUUUAUUUUGCUCAUGCCACUGGUGAGCUUCUGCUCGGCACUUAGCUUGAGGAGGCGAGCUGCAACCAUUGAUGGACGGGCAGAAGAUCCGCUCGUUGCGCAAACUUGGGGAUCAUUGGAGGAGCUCCUAUCUCGACCUGCGGUCACGGUCGACGUCUCUGCGACAUGGCCGAUGGUAGUGCUGGCAGCCCUCCUGCUUCCAAUGAUCUUGGUCAACAACAUGCUUGCCAUCUGGAUCCCGCCGUACUUUGCUCACAUCGCUCGCAUGGCAAAAUGGCACCAGCUGUCUGCCACAGGCUGUGGGAAGGUGCUCUUCUCCUGGUAUUACUGGAACUGGCAUCUCCUCUUCGGUACGUUGAUCGCGUACAUGGGGCAGCGGCGAGUCAGUGUCUAUGCCUUCGAAGGUGAGGCGCAGGGUGGAGGUGACUAUUGGUGGCAUGGACAAGGCUACUUCACUGGAACGCACGCUCUGGUUGAUCAACUCGCUAUGGGUGCGCAAGAUCGCGGACUAGGACGGGCCGCCUUCGAUGCGGUGAUUCCAGAAGUCUUCCCGCUGGACUCGAUAAUAUUUCUUCCAAACGGCCACGAGGCGACCUCGAAGUGGGCUGAAACCAGGAAAGUUAUGCACGACUUCUGGCUUUCGGAACAGGGUCCGAACUAUGCGCAGCGGGUCGGACACUUGAAGGGACUUCUCAAAGAAAGUUGGAGCAAUCCGAGCUUAGACAACUUGGCUAACAUCAAGGUAGCAUCGGUCUUGGUGUCUCGGUGCGUGUUCUACGUCUUCUUCGGCCAUUGGCUGACAGACGAAGAGGCCAAUGUCAUGAGCCGUUGGGCCCGCGAUGCACCACUGCUGGUCACGCCGCGAUUCAUGCACCGGUUGAUGUUCAACUUCUUCGUGCACCAAUGCAAAGACUUGCGUGCAGAGACCAUCGCGCUGAUCAGCAAGCAUAAGCUUGGGCACGUCUUCAGCACCAUGAACUCAAGCUUCUCUUCCGCCAACCGGCGCAAGUACGACAUCGACCUUUGCAAUGAGCUGAUGUUCGUUAUUGGUUUUGCUGGGAUCGGCGGGCCUAGUCGUGCUGCGGCUUCGGUAGCGAAGUUCCUGCUGGCACAACAGUCGGAGGACCAGGCUGGUGUGACCUUCGGCGGGGCGAACAGCCACUUGAUGAUCGCCUUGUACAAGAAGGACCCCAAGGCCUUCAUCAUGGAGACGUGCCGUAUUUCAUCGCCAGUGGGCACCUUCACCACCCGCCUCACCGCAAGCGCUGCGAAAGAGCUCGGGCUCGGCCUCGACCUGGGCACAGCCCAGGAGACACAUUUGGCGGGAGUGAUCAACGUCUCGAACGUGGAUCCUAGGAAGUUCCCGGAGCCACACAAAUUUGACCCUUCACGGCCAAACUUGCCGGAUGCACUUACAUGGAAUGGAAAAGCUUUCAGUUCCAGAGAAUGCGAUUACCCUCGCCUUUGCCCCGGGCGAGAGUUGAGCAUACAGAUCGUGAAAACGCUUACAGAGGUAGCUUUGGAGGGAACAGGAAGUUAG